AAGCAUUCUUGGUUCUGCUCACGUCUCUGCACUUUGAGUGACUAUAUAAACUGUCCUGCAAUCUCCCUAAGACAACCUGAGCUCAAACAUUCUUUGUUCUGUUCACGUCUCUGCACUUCGAGUGAUUAAUUGGAACAAAAUGAAAAUCCUCUUCUUUUUUGGAUUUUUUUCGACUGCGCUCAGCCAACAUCUGUUUCAGAUGGGCUUUACCAGCAAUGCAACAAUCGAGAAUUUCAAAGUAUUCGAUAUGAACCUCGAUGACGUUAUCCAUCUGAGUGAAGUGUUCACUGUGGCCAGGAAAAUGGAUACAAACGGUACCUUUUCGACACUUUCAUAUGAUGGAGUGGUCAGCCUUCAGGAGUUGACUGCUAUGAAUUCUGAUGAUCUUCCUCCUCUUCAAGAUGAAAUUUUCUUUAACUAUAUGGACAGUCUGGACUCCACAGUCGACGGUGUAGCCGAUUCAUCGUUCAUAUGCACAUAUUUCAGCCUCAUGGAUGUGGACAACAACAGAAAAGCAACUCUUGGAGAGUAUAAAAUCCAGCAACAGCAGAUACAGGACCACUUAAAGAAAGAGCUGAAGGACAUCGCGGGAUGUUGACAAUCUGUUGCAAUGAUGUGCAAACGAAACUCCAAAUAAAUACAGAUUUGUCGAAAAUAAAA